AGGGAAUUAGGUCGUAGGGUUCUUCGUCGCGGUGAUGCCGCAGCACAGAAUUCUCUGCAAGUAUUAUCUCCACGGCGCGUGCCUCAAGGGCGAUUCCUGCCAAUUCUCCCACAGCUUCGACGAUCCAUCCAGCAACAUUUGUACGUUUUACCAGCGCGGUGUUUGCUCCUAUGGCAGCCGCUGCCGCUACGAGCACGUAAGACUCCCUCGCCCAAAGCUUCCAUUUGUUCCACCGUUUAAUCCCGCUCCAUCUCCAUCUUCCACCGAAGAUCAUCCAUCUCCAAAAACAAAUUUUUCGCAAGCUCCCAGCUCUUCCGCGACCACCUCCACCGCCGCCACCGCCACUUCUCCGCCAGCUCCAUCGCCCACCAAGUUACCUCUUCUAAACGCCUGGCAAGAGCGUCCUCUAGUCCCUCCUCCAGCUCCAUCGCCAUCUCUCGCUACCUUCGACACCUUCGAGCCGGAUCCCUGGGAAGAGUUCCAAGCUCCAGACACCGCAAGCUUGGAUCUGGCCGAUCGUCCCAUCUGUUCUUUCGCCGCCGCCGGCUACUGCCCCUAUGGAAACUCGUGCUCCAAUCUCCAUGGCGAUCUGUGCGAGAGCUGCGGUAAGCAUUGCUUGCAUCCCUUUCGAGAGGCCGAGAGGGAAGAACACAGGGAGCAGUGUGUGCGUAGCCAGAAGCGUCUCGAGUUACUCCGCAUGAGCCAGGACAUCGAGUGUAGCGUUUGUUUGGAGCGUGUUCUGUCCAAGCCUUCCAUGUCCGACCGGAAGUUUGGGAUCUUGUCCGGGUGUGAUCAUCCGUUUUGCAUCGCGUGUAUACGAGAUUGGAGAGGUGGCACUCGCCCCGGCAUGGAUCUGGAAACCAUCGUUCGAGCUUGUCCGAUUUGCCGAGUUUCAUCGCAUUACGUGAUUCCCAGCGUUGUUUGGUAUUCCAACACGGAGGAAAAGGAAGAGAUUGUAAACGGAUACAAGAACAAGCUCAGUUCGAUCGACUGUAAGUAUUUUGAAUAUGGAAAUAGCACUUGUCCGUUUGGAACUAGCUGCUUCUACAGGCACGCUUAUGGUGAUGGUACAAAGGAAGAAGUGAAGCUCCGGCACCUGGGAGCCGCGGAUGGAACCACUGUAAUUGCAAAAAAUAUCAGGCUCUCAGAUUUCCUGACAAACUUGAAAAAAUAAAUGAGAUAAGAUCCUUUAUUUUUAAAAAAAGAAGAACAUAUGUAAAGAAGAAGAGGAUAUCUCAACUUGAUGUUCUUGAGUUGAUUGUCAAUCGGAAUCGAACAUAUUUGGAUUC